AUGUCGGACAAGAAAGAGCUCCCAUCCUGGCAACGGCAUGCUACCGAUGCGUCCACCCAAGCCGCCACACAAGAACACGAUCCAAGUCUCUCGCCCAUUGACCGUGUGCGCCGCUUCCUCCAGGACCCUGCCGUCAAAGAUGCCCCGUUCGACAAGAAGAAGGCUUUCUUGUUAUCCAAGAACAUUUCCGAAGACAUGAUCUACCAAGUCAUAGGCUCAGAGGAUAGCCAACACACGCCUGCCACAGAUGGUUCCGACGACGCCGCACAACAAGACCCUUCAACCUAUGUCAAGACAACAGAUGGCUCGCAAGAAGCAGCCAAUCAGGAGUUCGACGCCUCCAAAGCCCUCUCCUUCUCGGCCGCCGAAUUUACCUCCAAUCGUCCGUCUGCUGCUCCUCGACCACAAAGAGACGUGCCUCCCAUCAUCACAUACCCUGAAUUUCUCGUUCAACCUCAAAAACCUCCGCCGCUGGUUACUGUAGGCCGACUCAUAAAUGCUACAUACAUAGCUGGCGCCGUGACUGCUUCUGCCUAUGCCUUAUCCAAAUACAUCAUCGCCCCCAUGGCCGACAAUCUGAAUCACGCUCGUCAUGAUAUGUUUGAACACACCUCUCAACAGGUCACCGGGUUCAAUGACAAGCUGUCCAAGUUGGUAUCCACUGUGCCUCAUACAGUGAAAUCCUCAACAUCUACACCGGCUGAGUUCGUCGAUUUCGAUAUGGACAGUGUCACCUCGGACCCUACCGAGCUCUUCCAUCGUGAUGUUGGCACCCAGACUUCUCCCUCCCUCUCUCGCCGUACAAGUCUUUCCUCUGAUGCUGAGAUUGCAAACCCCGACUCGGUGCCUCAGAAGCAAGCCACACGACUUGAGAUCAUGAAAUCGCAUCUGUCAGAGCUUCUGGAAGGCACCGAAAACAACGGCACAAACAACCAAACUUUGCAAGCAAGCAUCAGCGAGACAAGAUCCUACCUUGACGGCCUCUACUAUACCCCGCCAUCAUAUUCGUGGAACGCAGACAACUCACUCAAUGCAUCAAGUUCCUCUAAGGACAAGCAGCCUGACGCUGCUGUAGCCCUGAAAGCAGAGAUCCGAGGCGUAAAGGGCGUGCUCCUCAGCGCCAAAAGAUUCCCUUCAGUUGGCAGGGUUGGCGCUUAG